UGCUCGCCUGUGUCCCGGAAGCACUUGUCCACCCUGUUUCCGGCCACCUCAGCUUUCUUGGUGGGGAGGGGACCAUGUCGGGCGCGACGGGUUCGGGUGCGGGGGCUGCAGGCUCGGUCGGUUCCGUGGUGCGGCGCUUCCUGGCGGAGUACGGCAGCGGCACGCCGAGCCGCCUGAAGGUGCUGGACGCGUACUUGCUGUACGUGAUGCUCACCGGGGCGCUCCAGUUCGGCUACUGUCUGGGUGUCGGCACCUUCCCGUUCAACUCCUUCCUCAGCGGAUUUAUCUCCGCCGUCGGCAGCUUCAUCCUCGGCGUUUGUCUACGGAUCCAGAUAAACCCCCAGAACAAAGGCGAGUUCCAGGGCAUUUCACCAGAGCGGGCAUUUGCAGAUUUCCUUUUUGCCAACACUAUCCUGCAUCUCGUCGUUAUCAAUUUUGUUGGAUGAACUCUAGAAGAGUCUGAGGUCUUGAAUUCUUCUGGAACUGUAAUGCCAAAUCCUGUUAGAAGGAAGUGUUGUUUUCCAGCAGUAGCUGCUGCUUUGGUGAAGAAGCAGAAGUCAGAGAUUAUUCCCAGACUGUCCUAUGGAGUGGUCUGCUGCCUCAUUCCAGUUACUGUAAUUCUUUCUUUAAAUAAAGCCCUUCAUAAUACUGCAA